AGGCUCAACGUUGGCUGGAGUUAUGUGGGGAUUGGGGAGGGGUAACAUUACAAGAGCACGACUUGUUUCCCCUCAUUUACUGUGGAGGUUCAGGACUAAGAAAGGACCACGUAGCACACUGGCUAGCAAACACGGGAGUUGCAACAGGAGCUGAUUCAACCCUGAACAUCCCCGCAAUAGGUCUGAAAAAUAACAAGUCAACCUUGACUCAUGUACACAAAGGUGUGACCGCUCUAGUUGGUUGGAUGCGGAUUGUGUGUGCACUGCUGUACCUCGGCCUGGUGGGGGCGCUGCAGCAAGAGCAGGUCGCUCAGCAUGCCAUCAAGCUGCACCGGGGAAGGGGCGCCGCCACAAGGCACGCCUGGAGCUGGGUGUCCGAUAACUGCCGGCGCCUGGGCAGCCUCCUCCGCCAGAAGAAUGCGGCUGUUAAGAAGCUGUCGGUAGCCGCGUCCGCCGUGGGGCGAGACCGCUCACUCUCGGACCCAGAGAGACUCUUCCAAGUGCACACCCUGGAGGUGUUCCAGAAGGAGCUCAACGAGAGCGAGCGGUCAGUCUUCCAGGCGGUCGUGGGCUUGCAGAGAGCUCUGCAGGGAGACUACAGGGACGUGGUCAACAUGAAGGAGAGCAGCCACCAGAGACUGGAGGCCCUCAGAGAGGCUGCCAUUAAGGAGGAGCAGGAGUAUGUGGAGCUGGUAGCAGCAGAGAAGCACCAGCAGGAGGCGCUAAAGAGCGCCCUGGCCCAGAACAAGACACUGUCCAUGCUGGAUGAGAUCCUUGAGGAUGUCAGGAGGGCUGCCGACCGCCUGGAGGAGGAGAUCGAGGAACACGCCUUUGACAACAACAAACAGAUGAAGGGGGUGCAUGUUGCGAAUGUGGAGGCGGUGCUACGGGUGGAGGAGGACGAGGAGGACGGGGGGAAGAGGAGGAACGCGUCGAGGAGAGGUGGAGAGGUGGAGGAUGACCUGGGAUUGAGCAUGCUCAUUGACUCCCAGAACAACCGGUAUGUCCUAACCAAACCCCGAGACUCAACCAUGCCCCGCUCCGAUCAGCACUUCCUCAAGGACCUGGUGUCCGUGGUGAUGCUGUCUCUGCCUUGUGGUUGGCUGUGUAGCGUGAUGGGCCUGCCCCCCAUGUUUGGUUACAUCAUCUGUGGAGUUCUCCUUGGUCCCUCUGGACUAAACCGCAUCAAGUCCAUGGUUCAGGUUGAGACGUUGGGAGAGCUGGGUGUGUUCUUCACUCUCUUCGUGGUUGGCCUUGAGUUCUCACCAGAGCGACUUCGCAAGGUGUGGAAGACGUCCGUCCAGGGUUCAUGCUACCUCAGUCUGUUGAUGGUGGCAGCAGGGUUGUUAUGGGGUCAGGUGCUGCGAAUCCGGCCCACCCAGACUGUCUUCAUCUCCUCCUGUCUCUCCCUGUCCUCCACGCCGCUCGUCUCUCGCUUCCUGGCUGGGGGAUCCCGCGGAGACAAGGACGGGGAGUUGGACUACAGCAGUGUUCUCCUGGGGAUGUUGGUGAUGCAGGAUGUCCAGUUGGGUCUCUUCAUAGCUGUCAUGCCCACCCUCAUACAAGUCUCCUCAGGUGACCUGGACAGUGUUCUCUUUGGGGGCCUGCGUGUUUUUCUGCUCCUGGCCCAAGUCCUCUUCUCCCUGGCUGUGGUUCUGCUUCUGUGCGCCCUCCUCAAGUCCUUCCUGAUUGGUCCUUACUACAGGAAGCUGCACACUGAGUCUAAAGGCAACAAGGAGAUCCUGGUUCUAGGGACAGCUGCCUUCGUCUUCCUAAUGCUCACUGUGACAGAGUUUCUGGAUAUUUCCAUGGAGCUUGGAUGCUUCUUGGCUGGAGCGCUCCUCUCAUCCCAAGGUCACAUCUGCACCACAGAGGUCAUGGGCUGCAUCGAGCCUGUCAGAGACUUCCUCGCUAUCAUCUUUUUCGCCUCCAUUGGCUUCCAUGUGUUCCCUACUUUUGUGCUGUACGAACUGACCAUCCUGGCAGUUCUUACCCUCUCACUGGUCAUCAUGAAGUUCCUGAUGGCUGUGCUGGUGCUGUCGGCCAUCUUGCCUCUGGGUUCCCGCCACAUCCGUUGGAUUGUGUCGGCCGGCCUGGCGCAGGUCAGCGAGUUCUCGUUUGUCCUGGGGAGUCGCGCCCGCCGCGCUGGCAUUAUCUCCAGAGAGGUGUAUCUGCUGGUCCUCAGUGUCACCACCCUGAGUCUCCUCUUGGCCCCUGUCCUGUGGAGGGCCGCGACUCACAAGUGGGUCCCUCGAGCCGAACGCAAGGCACCGACCCGGCUGCCCCCCCUCCUGCCCCACCCAGCGGACUGACCUGAGGUGGGGGGGGGGUGACAUGAGUCUGUGUAGGCACGCAGGAAAGGGUCAAGGGUCAUUCUACCUCUAGCCAAGGAAUUGUCCUGACCCGUCAUCUUAAUCCCAAACAGCACCCUCAUUCCCUAUGUGGAGCCCUCUUGGACUGGUGGAGGGUAGUGCACCACAGAGUGGGUAGGGUCCUGUUUAAAUGCAGACAAUGUGGAAUGUCUUGUGUGUACUCGUCGUUGUCUUUAUGUAAUGGCCAGGUGAAGAUCUCGCAUUCUCUUUAUUCAUGUCUAAUAACGGUUGAGUCGUCCCACACAACGUGUUCGAGGCCAAAGCAUAAAAUGAUGUAAAAAACGCCCCAUCUGAAAUGUACAUCUCUAAUAGACCAUUAAACCUCUAAGGAAGUUGGCCUGCAACAUUGCGAUGUAAGAGAAGCUGCUUUUUAAAACACCAAGUUCACCUGUUUUGGAAGGUAAACUGCUUUACUUGUAUUGUAAGUCAUUCAUAUAUCAUAGAAAUCUAAGAAACAACUGGGCAGUUACUUUAGCUGUUAUUUUGUAACAGUUUAUGCUGUAGUAGUCAAUGGGUUAAUGAGGGUAUAAUGACAUUGAUGAAGGGCAUUUUAUCUGCAACUAAAUAGAAAACCAAAUACUUAUAGAGGUGAAAUAGAUAAAAUGUCAAAUGUAGCUAUCAUUAAGACGCUUUUGCUUGUGAUUCUUCAUGAAUUCUUCAUUGUCAUUCCAGAGCCGAGCCUAUUCCAAUGCAAAAUGUACACAAUGGUCAUGUACAGAAACCCUUAUACUUUUACUUGAGCCAUUCCCCAUUCUAGAAUAUAUUUACAUUUAGUUUUGCAUCCGAUUUUCUCGAUAUUUUUUCACCGUUGCGAAACCCAUAUUAAUUCUCUCUAUUUAAUUUUAUAACAACAAAAAUGAUUUCGCAUUCUUUAUUUUAACGCUUCCGGUAGCAAUCCUUGAGCUCAUUUUCUGUUUCACUGGGAACGUUGUAAUUCUUGUUUGGCAGUGCGGUCAACCAACUGCUGUUUCCAGAUGGCGCCGUAGGUUUUGGAUAUUUUACAGAUCUGGACUUUAUUGGUCACUCCGCUCGUUUUCUGUCUGGAAGUCCCCGAUUUUUUCAAACGAGUCCCAGUUUUUAGACACCUGACAUUCUAGUCACUUCACAAUGGCAUCCGCGUAUUGGAGGUCCACAGUACCCGAGGCAACAUAGCAAAUUCACUGCAUUAUUAAAUCUCCUCAUCUUUGUGUUAAUUUAAUGUUUUAAUUUUUUCAGCAAUGUAGAAAAUCUGUAGUCGGUAGUGGGGAACAUAAAAAAGUUAUAAACAGUGUAAUUAUUGAAGAAAAGUGCGAAGGUGUCUGUAUCUGUCUGCAACGGAAUACUAACCCCAUAGACAACUGUCGAUAUUGAAUGUCUUAUGUCAGGGCUUUAUAUUAUACACUCUUUAUUGCACUCCUAUGGCAUAUAAUGCUGCAAAAUGUCUUAGUUAUUUUUUAUACGAUAACGGCUAACAAGGAUUAAAUGGUUUGUGUUUGUGUGUGGUGUAUUUUAAUGUAGACUAACUGAAAGGAGGCAAAACAAUAGAAGUAUAAAAAAUCCUGCCUCUUUUACCUGAGACGUAUAAUGAAAAGUGAAAUAAAGAUAUUGCAUUUUAUUUAUAAAUCAGCCAUAGUUAAUAGGGUAUUUUUAAACGUGACAUGGAACUAUGAGGGGGACAUUGCAAGCACAAUAAAUUAAAAUGGUUCGUGUUGUUGUUUUAA